AUGUCUGAAACCUUGGUUUGGUGUACUUGCAGUAUCUGCUCGCUGAAUGAUGAUAGUGGUUCUUGGAAACUAAAAAGUACAAGAGUUAGACAUCAAAAUCGUGAUAAACGAAAUGCACUAAGUCCUAAUAGUGAUUUAGAAUUGCAAAGCAGUAUUCAGAAGCAAGAUUCAUGUGACUUUUACCAAGAGACAUUUAAGCAUGAACUUCAUAACAUUGAAUAUGUUAGUGAAUUUGAUAAUAAGUUAAGAAACAAUAAUAGGUUGGAAAGUACAAACAAAUUUGAGGAUGGGUUAGAAAAAAAUAAUGAAUUUGAAAGAUUUGAAAGUAUUGAUGAAUCUGAAUAUGAGCUAGAAAAUAAUAUCGAAUUUGGGUAUGAAUUAGAAAAUAAAAUUGAUGAGGAAUUUGAGAAUUGGUCAGAAAGUGAGAGUAGUGGAAGUAAUGAUUCAUAUAUAACCAAUAUGACUUUCGCAGAUAAUGAAGAACCUUUUAUAUCCUCUGAACUUGCUUCUAUGAUUCGACUACUUAAAAUUAAAGUACAAUAUAACCUUACUGAUGAAGCAUUUUAUGAAAUCAUGAAAGCUACAAUAGCAAAGCCAAUGAGCUUUCCAUCUAAAAUCCAUGAUGAACAUCUUGCUUAUACCAGAGAAAGUGGUCAAGAUUUUUAUUUUCCCUCAACCAAUUACAAGCUAUCACAAAGCGAAUUAAGAAAAAUCAAACAACAUUUCUCUACUAUAUCAGAUGUAUCAGGUUUACAACUUAUAUCAUUUAGUCAUGAAGGAACAAAAUAUGGACGACUUAGAACAAAAGAUGGUCAUUAUAUUGGAUCUAAAUGGAUUCAUCGAAAUGAAGAUUGGUCACGAAUUAAUUAUACUGUUAUGGUAAAAAUUGAAGUUGAUAUUUAUGCAAAUUAUCCAAACAGACCAUUGUCUAAAGCAAUGUUAGCUUAUAUUCAAUGGACAUCUCCUAUUGAAGAAGAUGAUGUUGGUGUAAAAAUGUUUAAGCGAUUAGGAGCAUAUGCAUUUAUUAAUGCAUCAGCAAUUGAUCACUGCAUUGGGUUUAUUGAGAUUGGAAAUUUAUUUUAUAUAGUAGAUAAAGAAGUUGACAAUGAACAAUAA